CUUAUCUCUCCUCUGUAUCUUUCAGCUGUUCCUGAAUCGUCGUAUGAAACAUCUCCAACUAUGGUCGUCAUUUUCAUGUAUCACCAGCCACCUGUGGCACAUUCGGAGCUUGCCGCGGUAGUGGCGCCGCGUAUCAUCGUAGCCCUGCUGCUAUCAUCUAUCUACAGGGACAAGUAAACAGUGCUUUCUAUCUCUCAUUAUCAAAACAAAUCCAUCUACAAUAUGAAGUUCUCCACGGUCUCACUACUAGCUCUGUCUGCGGCAGCUGUCAAUGCUCGAUUUAUUGAAGCUCACGAACAGGACCAAGUGGUGAUCAGCAAUGUCAAAGCCGAGAAGUACCUUAUUGAACUUGCUCCUGGAGAGACAAGAUGGGUGACUGAGGAUGAGAAGUGGGAGCUACGACGAAAUGGCCAGAACUUCAUGGACAUCACGACCACCCAAGACCUCGGAGCACUCAAAGCGUCAUCGAAGAAGGAACCCAAGUUCCCAGCUAAAGUAGCAUACAGUAAGGACCUCAAGCCAAUGUUCAAAGAGCUCGAUAAGAAGAAUAUGGAAAAGAACCUCGAGAAGUUUACUUCCUUCCAUACCCGAUACUACAAGUCCGAUUACGGCAGACAAUCGUCGGAGUGGUUGCUAGAGCAGGUCAAGAAGAUGAUCAAGGAUUCUGGAGCAGACAAAUAUGGAGCUGCGGCAGAGCCAUUCGAGCAUCCUUGGGGACAAAACAGUAUUAUUGCGACGAUUCCAGGGAAGCACAAUAGCACGGUCGUCGUGGGAGGACACCAAGAUAGCAUCAACCUCUUCUUCCCCUCCUUCAUGUCCGCGCCAGGUGCUGAUGACGACGGAAGCGGAACUGUAACGAUUCUCGAAGCUUUCCGAGUCCUUCUCAAGUCGGAGGAUAUCAUCAAGGGCAAGGGAGAAAACACUGUUGAAUUCCACUGGUACUCUGCCGAAGAAGGUGGGCUUCUCGGAAGCCAGGCCAUCUUCUCAGAAUACGAGAAGACGGGCAGGGAUGUCAAAGCCAUGUUGCAGCAAGAUAUGACUGGAUAUGUGCAGGGUACGCUUGAUGCUGGCAAACCCGAGAGCGUGGGAGUCAUCACCGAUUUCGUGGAUCCUGCUUUAACCGAAUUCAUCAAGGAGGUUGUGACUGAGUAUUGCGAAAUUCCGUACAUUGAGACGAAGUGUGGAUAUGCAUGCUCAGAUCAUGCUUCUGCUUCCAAGGCUGGGUAUCCUUCGGCUUUUGUUAUUGAGUCUGCGUUCGCGGAUUCUGACAAAAAGAUCCAUACUUCGGACGAUACUAUCAAGUAUCUCAGCUUUGAUCAUAUGCUUCAGCACGCCAGGUUGACUUUGGGACUUGCUUAUGAGUUGGCGUUUGCGAAGUUGUGAGAGGACAACAAGAUCUUGUAACAGCAAGAAGUUAUGAUGCUAUUCUGCCGGGCUGAAUAUGCAGCAGCGUCCUGCAGAACUUGCAAUACAUGGCAGAAGUGCCACAAAUGACAGUGAUCGCUCGUCAGGCUAUGUACAUUAGCAGGACUCCAAAUGCGAUGUCUCUGCAGAUAUUGAAA